AUGAAGUUCCUGAGCCUCCUCACCCUUGCGUCGUUCGCCUUGGCGGUCCCGGCACCGGCCUCGGAGCCUGAGCUUGUUCCUGAGCUUGUCCCCCGACAGCAGCAGACUGCCGUGGGUGUCAUUGUCAACCAAGUCGGUACCCUCCAGACUGCUGUCCAAGCCAAUGUUGAUGCUAUCACCACCGCCGUCACCCAAAUCCAGGGGGCCGUCGACGCUCAAGUCAUUGUCCAGCUCCAAACCAUCAUUAGGGCCAAUCUUCAGGCUAUCGUCGAGGCUGUCGCAACAGCCACAGCCUCCAUCGUUGCCGUCACCACCGGCGCAGCGGGAGGUGUCGUGGGCGCCAUCGUCGGCCUUACUCAGAACCAAGUCGUCCAGCUCAUCGCGGCCAUUGAAGCAUCUAUCCAGGUCAUCAGCCAGAUCAGCGUCGUCGUCACACUCAUCGUCACUGACCUGACCCCGGACAUCCGUGCCUUCUUCGAUGCUGAGCUCCAGGCCGUUAGGGAGAUCCUAAACCCCUUCAUCGCUCCCCUGGCCAUCUUUGCUGCUGCUAUCUUGAGCGCCUCAGUUACUCUCGGUGUUGUUGUCACGGGACUGAGGGCUGCUCUCAUUGCCCUGCUUCAAAUCCAGCUUGCUCUUAUCGCUGGCAUCGGUGUCCCUGUUGACUCAAGUCUCCCCAUCGUGUCUGCCAUCGCCGCCCUGUAA